AUACAUGUACAGUUCCUAAUUUUACACAAAGAUUAAAUCCGUGAACAUGGCACAAAAGGGACUCCUCUUAAUUCUAUCUGUUCUUUUACCAUUUCAUGUCCAAGGUAGAUUUGACCACCACUGGAUGGAAGGUAUUGAAAACCGCUUGCACGUUUUAGAAGAAGCCAACAAGGAACUUAAGAAUGAAAACUCCAAUCUUAAAGCAGAAAUUAAAGAAAUAAAGAGGCUGUUGGGGAAAAUUCAACGGCAAAAUAUUGCCUUGAAGAUGAUUUCCGGUGUUCCAAAAAUAAAGAAAGAUACUGAUGUAUUGAAUAUCGGAAAACAGUCAACUCUACCUGAACAAGAUGAAAGCAUCGCAGACGGCGGAGUAUAUGAGGCCAAUUCGAACGGGACAAUGAAAAAUAAAAAUGCCAUAAGUAAUACCCUCGUGGUUGAAACAAUCAAAAAUGUUGUGCCAAGGAUCAUUCCUGCAACAUCAGUUUCACCUACACAGUCUGUUGCAUUCUAUGUCUACAUGAAUUCCUUUUCUCAGCCUAAUAUACCCGGCCAUAUGACACUUACAUUCGACACGGUAAUAAUAAACGAAGGAAAUGGAUAUACUAAACAUGAUGGGGUUUUCAUUGUGCCCAUAAAGGGAACAUACGUAUUUCACUGGUCAUUUAAAGUAGCUGUCCAAUCAUGGGCAAGUGUCGAAAUAAUCGUAAAUGGGAAUGCCAUUGGAUGUGCAUCUUCUGACACACAAAGAGCUGAUCAUUGGGGGACAGGGAGUGAAUUAGUCAUCACUCACGUAAACGUUGGUGACCACGUAUUCGUGCGCACGCGUGAGCGUGUAAUAGGAUCUAUUAUUAGUAGUGAUCGUGCGAGGUCAUCAUUUUCCGGAUGGUUAAUGCAUUCAUAA